AAACAUAUGUUUUUUGUUUACCAUUUUAUUUCCUGCGACGCGAUUUUAUUGGACUUUAGUCAUCGAAAAUGUUGAAUUUAAAACACUUGGCCAGCCACGCCUACCGCCAAUAUGAACUGGUGACAUGCAUUAAUAUGCUGGAGCCCUGGGAGAAGAAGUUAAUCAACGGAUUCUUUCUGAUUAUGUUGUCCCUGGUAAUCUUCUCCAGUUUUAUGUACCUACCGGACUAUCUGGAAACCCUAAUGCAGUUCAUAACGCCAGCAGCCUGGCAUAGUUCCUCGGAGAAUACAGCAUAUGUGGCACAGAAAAUGGCAAGGAGCUGAGCUCCCACUCUCCCAUAUAGUAUACCCGCUACAUAGCCUUGCCCACACAUACUCCCUAAAGAAAGACACUUAUGAUUUAAAACUUAUUGUGAUUUAAUUCGUCUGGUCCAAGAUCUGUAUAUAUCUAACCGUGCCAAGAAAUAUCCGUUUAACCCACUUAA